AUGGUGCGCGACAGGCUGACACCUGGCACCCCCUGGCUUGUUGUGGAGCAGGCGCGCAGCGGCAUCUCCAAGCCUGCCAUCAGGCCGGCUUCCUUUGGCCAGCGGGCAGCUCUAUUGGCGUGCGUGCCACUGUUGCUGCUGCUCGGCCUCAGCGGAGCCUCCGCCGAAGUCGACACAGGUGCGUGGCAGAUCAGGUACGACGAUCUGAAGCCCACUAUCGAGGUCAAGUACAACCACACUUAUUACUACCAGGUCCCCGAGGCCCCCAAGGGUGCGGUGGUGCUAUUCCACGGCUGUGUCCACUCGGGCUACAACUACUUCCCCCGCAGCGCCGCGUGCCUCGACUGCCGCGGCCUGCCUGAGGAGAUGUCGCACACGCUGCAGGCCCUGAACCGGGGCUACGCAGUGAUUGCCAUUUCCUCUGCCGACCGUGACACCGGCUGCUGGUCUUGGGACUCAGACAGCGACGGCGUGAAGGCCCUUGUGCGGGAGUGGCAGCGAGAGCACAGGCUGAGGGACCUGCCGCUGUACGGGAUGGGCAUCUCCUCCGGAGCCUCCUUCGCCCUGAAGAUCCCACGCUGGCUGAACAUGAGCUACCCACCCACCUUGUUUGUGGCGCUGAUGAGGGACAAAACCACGGUGGCCAAGAUCCUUAGAAACCAAAACGUCCUGACCGCCCUGCACCGCCCGGUGUCUGUCAUCAAGGUGUACCCCCGCCUCGUCUAUCCCACAUACUUCUCUGAUCGCGACCCACAUUCUUUCUCCAAAGCGCUGAGCGUGAAGAUAGCCAAUGGCCUGAAGGCGAUUGGAAUGAUUGACGGCGAUGGCGCCGUGCUGCUGGACCCCAGGUACACCACAAAGCCGUGGCUCAGGCAGCUCAAGCAGGAGGUGCCGGAGCUCCAAACGGGGCCCUUGACCACCUUCAAGAACUUGUAUGUGCCCGACUGGAACGACACAGACUCGACCAACACCAAGGUGGCAGGGGUCUACUCCCUGAUGAACCUGGCCUAUGCCUACCACGAGAUCAUCUCUGACUAUGUCACAGUGGCGCUGAUGUGGUUUGAGAGCGGGGGCAAGGCGGACAUCGAGGUGCUGAAGGAGAAGUACAGCUAUGGUGUACCGCCUUUGCGGUACCGGCAGGAAACUGCCGAAGUGGCAGAGGAUCCGUUGAUGCCCAUCCUCAGGCAGCGGGCCCAGGGGAUCCACCCGCGCUCGACCCUGGAGGUGGAGCAGGUGGCUGUGGUGGCUGGUGGCGAACACGCGCAGCGGCAAGUGCAGCAGCACCUGGAGCUGGAGCAGCAGGAGCGGUCCCAGGAGCAGGAGCAGGCACAGCAAAGCGAGGCAGAUGAGGCUGCUGAUGAUGAGCUGCUGCAGCUGUCCAAGGAAGUUGAGGAGGCACUGGUGGACCCCUCUAAGGAGCUGCCGCUCUCGGUGCCCCUGCCAGCCCACCUGCUGGCCGCAGCCAGGAAGGCCGCCCGCACUGGGAAGCGCGCCUCCCGCAUGAUGCCUGAUCCAGCAGCCGAGGUGGCGCCGCAGCGCAGCGGCAGCUAUCUGGCAGCUCUCAUAGGCGGGGCAGUGGGGGGUGCUGCCUUCAUGAUGGUCAUUGCCGCCCUGGCAUAUGCCCUGGUACGAUACCGCCGCUCAGCGGCGGCGCAGGGCGUAGCGCUGGGCGCGGCCACGAUGCAGGCCGUGCACCACCCGCCGCCGCCGCACUACCAGGCUCAAGGCGAGUGCGCUGCGGGCGGCCUGUGCCUGCUGGGCGGCAGCGCACGGCUGUCCAUCGUUCCCGGCGUCAAGGAGCGGUUCGAGUAUGAGGUGGUGGAGCAGACGGGCAGCCCCUUCAGCGCCAGGCGCCGCAUCCGCACAGCCUUCAACGACAGCCCCCGCAAGGUGGGCAGCCCUCACAAAAACGGCGGCGUGUGA